CCCAUUUUGACAUUAUCCAUCGGUCGCGCUUCUCCCUAAACAAUGACAACGCCAUCAUCCACAAUGUGCCGGGCUCGACCCUCUUCUCGAAUAAGUCAGCAUUGCGUGCUUGCAUUGCCCACCUCUACACAUGACCUACAGUACCAUCCAUCUAUGAUAGUGUACGUGCGGUUGGACCUUUGGUCGUUGGCUUGGACCAUUGCCGGUCUCCUCCUCCUCCUCCUCCUUUGUCUUUUGCCUGUCGCGGCAACAGACAAGCCAACAGAAGAUCCCAUGGAAAAAUCCGGAUACAGAAAAAGUAUCCAUCGCCGCAGACGCCACAUCCACAAUGUACCUGUGCCGACGACAUGCAGUCGCGCCGCUCACCCGACCCGACCCUCUCAGAUUGUCAUUGAUUUAGCAUCUUCUUCGUCCGACUCUGUCCCUGUUUCGGGCCGUGAAAAGGUCAUGACACGGCUGCUCAAUGCCGACUUGCAAGGUGCAUACACUACAGAUCGCAAUCUCCACGACCCGUCCAGCGAUAAUCGCUUCAUUUUCCCCGCUGGACCAUCCCCAUCUCCGUCGACCGCCUAGUCAGCGACCAUCGAGACCAAUUCAUUCCGCUUGUCCGGCCCUGCAGCCAAACAUAAUGGCACAAGCAUCAGCAGGGAUGCC